AUGCCGCCGAUUCUGAGAUCCGUAAUUGCGCAGACCCAAAUUUUACAGUGUUACCAACGCGGAGGGAGAUCGAUCCGUAAUUUCUCUUCACCCCCUGGAACUGGAAGCAGCACCAGUGCGACGAUUGGAGGAUGGGAUAUCGUCAAGUGGUGUUUUAGUCGAGCCUUAUCGACUACUGUGGGAGUUGGCGCAGGAUAUAAGGGAGGCUAA